CCCUUUGCUUUCUCUCUCUGUCUCUUCUCUUUGUAUGCUCUCUCUCUCUCUCAUUGAUGAUUAGUAGUAGCUAUUCAAGACUUGGGUAGCCCACAAAAUUCAACAAGAUAGUGAUUUACUCUGUUAUCUACUUUUUCUCUGACUUCACUGACUUCCCUGCCAUCAUCCCCAUCUCUCUCCUCUCCUACCUCUGCUCUCCCAUAACUAUGUACCUCUCUCUCUCUCUCUCUCUCUCUCUCCAUUUAUUCUAUCCGUCCCACUCCUUUAAGUGCUAUAAACUAGUGUCUUGUUUUCUGGGUACUGAUCAGUAAGCAUCCCACUGAAGCAGAGUCUGCAAUAUUGACAAACUGAGGUUUCGUUUCUUGUAUCAUUUUUUACUGUGUUUUUGGUGGUGCUGAGAUGUGGUAAUUUCAAUUUUAAGUUGCAAUGAGCUAAGAAGGGAAGAUGCUUGGUUUUAGUCCCAAGUCGGAGACAAAAAAUUUCAAGUACCUUUUGGGUAACUGCUAUGGGAGUAAUUGCUUUGCAUAAAGCAAAUUAUAAUAUCAUUAGACGUCUUCCGAGAAAGAGUAGUGCUUUACCAGAUUGCUGAUCCAGGAAUGAUUCUUUCAUGUUAAGGAAUCGUCAAUCAUGGAAGCAAGGGCUCUUGCAGAUCAGUGUUCAUUGAUGAUUGAUCUCUUGGGGCGACAUGGUGAAGAGCUAAGCGACAGCCGUCAGAAAUCGGCUCUCAACCUCAUUGCACUACCCAGACAUGGUAACACCAAACUCUAACUUGGAAUCUGGAAAUGAUUCAGGAGUCAGUUGCCAAGUAGCUUCAAAUGUACACGUGCAAGAAGCAUCCCCUGAUCCCUCCAAGGACAGCACCACCAAUUCAUCUUGUCUGACAAAUGUCGUAAAGCUUCAACCAGAUCCAGAGCCCAUUUCCCUCGACUUGACACUCCAAUUCAACACCGUUGAUGCCGACUUGAAGGACACGGGUGAGAGAAGUGAGCCAGCAGCCCAUAAUUCAGCAGGAACAGUUGCAAGGGUUUUCUCUUGCAAUUAUUGCCGGCGCAAGUUCUUCAGUUCACAGGCGCUGGGUGGCCAUCAGAAUGCUCAUAAGAGGGAAAGAACAAUGGCAAAGCGCGCCAUGCGGAUGGGAAUGUUCUCCAAUACCUAUACUAGCUUGGCUUCUCUGCCCCUUCACGGUUCUGCAUUUCGAUCCCUUGGCGUUGAAGCUCACGCUGCAAUGCACCAAAGAAUAGCACCAUCAGAAAGGCCACCUAGAGGUGGAGCAAGGUUUGAACAAGGCUAUUUUGGACUGCCGAUGUUUAUGGAAGAUGAUGAUGUCGGACUGUUUUGGCCCGGGAGUUUCCGGCAGGUGAGUGAGCCAGAGGGAUCAGUUGGUGGUACUUUGUCUUCGGAAUUAGCUUCAACUGCAAACAUGAAUUUUCCCAUGACAGCACCAUCUCCGAGUACAACAAAUACAUCGUCACCUGAUCUUACUUUGAAACUUUAAAGACUUUUUUGUUUGAAUUUGAUCGGCUUUCAGAAAGAGUUCACUUUGUACAUGAGAUAUGCACUGGCAACGGCUAUGCGCUUUUUAAUUAAAACACUUUUGUUUUUGGUUCUUUAAAGAUGUUUUUGCUGCUGUCGUAUAAGAAGUUGUGGAGGAUGAAAUAAUUGAUAAAUAUUGCCAAGUAAAGUUGUUUAUAGCGUUUGAAUUACAUGGCCACGUUGUUAAUCUACUGUUUCAUCUUUUUUA